AUGUCUUUCCAAACCCCUAUCUCCAAAUGCAGGACCACCAUUCCUGGGCUAGGGAGCCUGGACGGUUUGCAGUACGCCAAUGGCGUCCAACAGUUCUGCGGCAUUCCUUAUGCAAAUCUGCCAAAGCGCUGGACACGAUCGACUUUGAAGACUUCGUGGAAUGGGAGCCAUCACGAUGGGUCAAAGUUAGGACCUGACUGCCCGAUGCCAGGCUUAAUCGAUGGUGACAACUCAAGUGAUCUUGUUCCUGUCCCUCCUGCGGCGCACAUGUCUUGGCCUCCGCCUGUAGACGAGCUGUUCGGCUUGGUCAUGAAUAUUGUCAUUCCGCGCGCCUUCGACUCAACCAGCGAGCUUCUUCCCGUCUUUGUCUACAUACAUGGCGGAUCUUUGCUAUACGGCGGUGCAAAUCUACCAAUCUUCGACGCAGUAAAUUUAGUGUCGCGAAGCAUCGAGAUCGGUCUUCCUACCAUAUGUGUCAACUUCAAUUACCGAAUCGGUAUCGGUGGAUUUCUUUCUGGCGGAGCUGUUGCACGAGAGCUGAAACAGGACGGCUAUGCAGGCAGUGGUAACUUUGGCUUCACUGAUCAAAAGGUCGCCUUUGACUGGGUGCAAAACUACAUCGGGUACCUUGGAGGUGACGCUGAAAAUGUCACUGCAGUGGGCGAGUCUGCUGGGGGAAUUUCUAUCAGUAAUCAGCUCCAAGCAGCGCAGCCUGCCAUAUUUCAUCGUGCUGUCUGCAUGUCUGGGUUAUCGGCAGCGAUCCCGCCGUGGACUAUGCAGGAACAUGAUAUUUUCUUCUCCGCUGUAUGUCGUCAUUUUAAGAUCGAUCCUGCAGCUCCCGAUGUACUGGAUCAAUUGCGUUUUAUACCUCAGCAGGACCUUGCAGAUGCAACGCCCGAAAUUCAGGGCGUCCCCGCAGGAACGGGAAAUCCAUGUCUUGAUGACUGGUUCUACCUCCCUGAUGCAGAUCCGCGGGGUGUCACUGCACCUCCAUCCUGGUUGAAGGGAUACAUGUUUGGUGAUGUCUAUCACGAAGGCAUCAUUUUCCAUGUGAACUUGCUUGAAGAUGAUUACCACUCAAUCCGGCGCGUCAUUCAAGCUCAUAUCGAGGACAAGUCUUUGACUGAUCAGAUCAUUGAGGCGUAUGAUAUUACCCCCGACCUGUCACAAUCAGAGCUUCUCGAGCGGGUGGAGCACAUGUGUGGCGAUUUCAUCUUCAAGAUCCCUAAUUACGCCCUGGCAAAUGAAUGUGCCAAGUAUGAAGCACCUGGCGGAAGAGCCCCAUUCUUGUAUCAUUUCGACCAGCGUUCUCGUCUUUCCAACACGCUGGAAGGGACAGCAUAUCAUGCAUAUGAGUUGCUUUACCUGUUCGGGAAUUUGGACGGAGAAAUGAAUGCAGACGAAAAGCAGCUGGCACGAGAGUUUUCAGAGGCUUGGAUCAAGUUUGCAAACGGACUCGAGCCCUGGGAGGCAAAGGGGCCUUCAACUUGGAUGGUUUGGGGACAGGAUAGCAGGGCCGAGUCGAAGACUGAGGCUGAGGAUCAACACGUUCGGAACUACACUCGCAUGAACAUGAUUCUCCAAUUGGACGAAGGAAAGGCCUGGAGGAAAGGACUGGCUGGAAUCGAUUCGCUGGCCAAUAGGCGGUGGAAGUUGUGGGAGGGAAGUGGCGUACUACCAGCCGCUUGUAAUUGA